UAAUCAGUUUUCACUCAGUCUAUUUGAUAAUCUUUAGAGGCAUCUAAAAACUCUCUGAUUUCAAAAUCUACCGCCACCGCCAGCGCUCGCAAGCGUCAUUGCACUUCUCUUACACCCACACAUACCGACAGCCUCAUUCCUUCGCUCUUUCCCACGGCGGUGCGUUGCUCCCUAGCGCCCUCUGCCGGCGGGUGAGAGGAAUGGCCACCUACUUCCAAUUGACUGAUCUGCCUGCUUCUGCUACCGUGUCCGUUCCCGACGCAGGAUCACCGCUUCCAUAACAUCAGCACAACGCUGCUACCACAGCCAUCCGGUACUACCCUCCGUUCCGUACAACAAGCGAAUGGGUGAGAGAGUAAACGGACGAGUGGAACCACUUCGUCGUAUCAGCGGCCACAGCGACAACUAAGACGAAAAAUUCCCAGCUGACGUCCCUUCGUGCCAGAAAGUAACCGGUAACCAUUGCGGACUGCUGUUGUUACUGUUAUUACUGGUGUUAUUGAUCUAGCGUCGCUUACACCGUUCAGUUUAUCGACGUCUGAUGGUGGUUAUUCGUGCUAGCGGUCGCCGUACUGGCUCUGCUGCAGCUGAACACUACCUGUCUUUCUGGCCGUCCAGCGAUCGCUUCUUACCUCAAUGCCUAUGAUAUAGAUUUCUCAUCACAAUCUGGAGAUUGUCCCGCUGCGGUAUAGCAUAGGAGUGGAAUAUACGUAACGAUGAUGCUGAAUGUGAUAGCGAUGAUCGCUACUGGUUGUUCUGUGCUCUACUAAUUGAUUGAUUUCCACUUGAGGUCGGUAUCGAAUGGCAGAACCUCCAAUAGUAGCAGCAACCAUCGAAAAACCAGUUGUAGGUGGCUUAGGAAAGAGCACGACGCUAACUACUGCGCUCACAAAGACCGUCAGUUAGAAACACUGUCCGACGGCGGUGGCUGCGGCGCCAGCCAGCCCGGCAGCACUGACUCCCCCUUUUCUUCUCUCAACAGCGGAGUGGCGAGAGACGCGACGGCGUCAACCUUUUGCGAUUCUAAAGAGGCAGAAACAGGCAGCCUCUAGCACCAAGCUGAACAACGUAGGAAAGAGCUAAGAUUCAAAGGGUGUCCUGGCGCGCUGAUCGGUGAAACGACCAGCGCCGCUUAGAACAGCAGCCACAGUCACAGCAGCCGCGGAGCUCAGGGCAGCAACUAAGCGGCAGUGGCCGUUGUUCGUUACAUUGUCGGCUAACUGUGGCGCUAGUUAAUAGUACUGUCGUGGUCGUUGUUGUUAUUGUCACGUGUUUUUGCGAAACUCUGCGGUGGUUCAGUGCGGAGGUGCUGCAAAGGCGUCUGGUGUUCCUGGUCGCAACGAUGCGAUCGGAUAAGAACUAGAGCAGACGAAAAUCACAUCGUGGCUCUGAGUGGCUGGUGGAAAGAAGCAGUCCCCGCGGUGUUCUAACUUCUACCACUCCGAAAAAGGACAGGUUUCCUUCCGUAAUCCUUUCUUCCGAAAAGCUGCAUUUAAGAGGACUGCCGUCUCGGAGGUGCUGCAUAGGAUUGGAGAACUUUGCGCACCUCCACUUCGUCGAAGAUCGGGGAGCAUGAACAAAUAGUGUGACGAGGACGACGAUUUCGUACUGGAUUUGAUGAAGCAAGCUAGAUUUUCAGUGUUCUAGUUAAGUAAAGAAGCGGUGCACGUUAUGAACAGGCUCCCCUAACAACCACAACGGCGCGUCAACUGACGACGAAAACGGCAUCGUUCGACGGAAAAGAGAAAUAGCUAGUUCAGGGCAGCGUAGGUGAAAGUGUCUUCCCCUAACAACUUUCUAGCAGUGAUCUCGUUCAAUAUCGGUCUGUAUUACCGUUGCCUGAUUUGCGUGUUAUUACCAUAAAGACAUUAAACAAUUACAAAUAACGCAACGUUUCGUAAAAAUCGACAACAGCAAGGACGACAACGACAAUCAGAGCAAGAACGCGCAAUAAGCAGAGGUAAAUUCGCCAAGAGGCCAUUAUAGAAAUUUAGCGGUGCCUACUGGCUAUUUGGCAAAGGUUCCUGUUGUGGUAGUGUCAGCUUGCCAAAAGAGCAAGAUUAGGAAGUAACUGCGGUACUUUAGGAAGAGAACGAACCUUGGCGACUGACCGACCCAGCAACCGUUAACAAUCACGCUCUAUUCGUUGUCGAGAGUUUUAAAGAGAAUUCACUGUUUUAUUGCCGUUACAUCGUGCGGUUGUUUCCCAGUUUGUUCAGUUGUGUUGUCAGCUAAUAAGGCAAAUGUGUUAAGAAAGAACUUUUUCGAAGGUGGGAGCUAUUACGGGAGAAACCAUUAAGGAACACCCAUCGAGGAUUUGCUGUGUGCGUUAGUGAAUGUGAGGAUAAAAAAUAAUUCGAGUUGGAAUAUUGUCACCCCCCCCCCUCCCGCCCCACAACCCUUGUGGUGGAUUAUUUUUAAUAUUAUGUGAUCUUUGCUUUGUGGUGAGCUAACUCAAUGUGCUGGUUCUUCAUAUACACCGGAUUCGUUCCACGGAUAUAUAGAUCAGCAGGAAACAGUUAAUUAGUCGAGGAUAUCGACGGGAAUCUACGCACGUACAUGUUACACAUUAAUUAUUGACUUCUUCAAUUGGAUAUAUUAAUAGAUACUCUAUUUGAAAACUGUCAAUCAGCUGGCACCGGACUGAAGCUAGCAUAACUGGUGUUCCAUCGGAUACGCCGAAGAACGACGCAUCUCAGUGGGCGGUUCAGGCUACGCGGAGGGCGCUGUGCUCAACCACGAACCUGCUGAUCGAGUAGCUGACCCGUUAACCUGAUCCUGGAGACCCAUGCCUAUCCAUACUUCAUCUACACAAUGACAAAUCAUCAAAUCACCUCAACGUUCAAAUCGAUCAGCGCUUACUAACAGCGAAAAGAGUCGCUAACUACUAGAACCCAAAUCAUAUAACUAUAGAAACGUAACGACGUAAUUUUUUCUACUAUCAGUGGUUGAUAUUGAGCUGCUGUCAUUGUAUUUUUUGUAUCCGUUCCAACCAGUUGUAAUUUCUCUGAAAGCUGAAAGCAGCAUCCGUCCGGUGCAGGAGUACCUAGAACUCUCCGUCUAUAAACAGUGUCCUUAGACAUUAUUGGUGGCAUCACAGCCAUCGACUGGAAAAACCUGUUCAGUUCCGAACAGAAAUUUCUCGGCAUCAGCAGAAGCUAUGAACCAGAAGAAACCACGAGGCUUCCUCAAUGAGGCCGUUUGGCCCAACAGGAUCACCGUACGGCAGGAUGCGAUAUCAGACUCAUAUGCGAUCGAAACACGACCGUUUGCCAGGGGAAAAUUCGCUACGGUCCGUCGCUGUCGUCAUAUCGAGUCUGGCCGCGAUUUCGCAGCGAAAUAUCUUCGAAAACGUCGAAGGGCAGAAGAUGUGCGGCACGAGUUGAUACAUGAAGCGCUCGUACUUGCGUUGGCAGAUAGUUGUAAAAGGAUCAUCUCCCUCAAAGAGAUCUUUGAAACGCCCACUGAAGUUAUACUCGUUCUUGAGAUGGCUGCCGGAGGUGAACUUCAACACGUCCUGGAUGCCGAGGACUGCUUGCCGGAAUGUAGCGUGAGGCAGCUUUUACUGCAAAUCGCCGAAGGUUUGGCAUUUCUUCAUUCGCAACAUAUUGCUCACCUCGAUAUAAAACCGGCAAACCUACUACUGUCAGCGGCUUGGCCGCAAGUUGAUGCUAAGCUUUGCGAUUUUGGUAUUUCUCGCCUCAUUCUUCCUGGUGAAGAAAUACACGAGAUUGCCGGAACGCCUGAUUAUAUCGCUCCUGAAGUUUUACAAUAUGAACCGAUAUCGCUUUCCACGGACAUGUGGAGUUUGGGAAUUUUAACAUAUGUUCUCCUUACUGGCCAUACUCCGUUUGGCGGUGAUACAAAACAAGACACAUACUGCAACAUCACUCUCGGAGAACUCGACUUUCCCCAGGAUCUUUUCAAGGAUGUAACUUCGGAAGCUAUUCAUUUUAUUACACAGCUCGUUGUCAAGGAUCCCAAAAAACGACUGAGUAUCGGUGAGGUCCUGAAGCACCCCUGGCUAACUCAGCCUUCGCCGUGUCCCUCAUUCUUGGCAAUUACCGCGGUUAUCGGAGUUACAAAUGAUAACACUAGCCAUCUGGUCGCCAACAGCAAUAAUGUUAAUAAUAAUAACAUUCAUUCAAACGGCAAAAACUCUAACAAAAUCACUAACGGUAUAGCUAGCUACGGUUUAGUGGUCGACAGCGAACAGUCACCCAAUCCACGAGAGGAUCAGGAGGCGGUCGAACGUCUGCGUGGGGGUGCCGCCGUCGUUCAGUGCGAAACACCGUCGAGUUCAUCUAUAGGUAGUUGUGAAGAGAGUGAUGCUGAAAUUAUUAUGGAGGAUCAGCGAGGACUUCAACAUCAGCAGCCACAGUCUAAGCAACAAAUCGUGAACGAAGAUAGCAGCAGUGAUACUAUAAACAUGAAUUCAGACAAUAAUAGCAGGAGAAGCCAGAGCCGUAACGGCGUCGUCGAAGCGAAACAGACUCGGGGUAGUUCGCCAGUCAUGGCCAAGCGCGCCAUCGUGAAUGAGGUUGAAACGCCAAAUGUCGUUGCGGUGGCUGGUCAUGAUGAUGUUGUGCCAAAUAAUCCAGCCGACUCAACAAUCGGUGUCCAGCUGCAGCAUGGCGAAACAUCUGAGCAGCUCGUUCAGAUUCAUGAGAGCAGCGGGGAAGAAAGAGUCUCCGUUCCUGAUAGCGCUUCCCCAGCGCCGGAAGAGGAGCUCCCCUCGUUGCAAUCAUCGACAUCUUCAUCUUCAUCGGAUUCACCUGUUCCUGCCAAGAAGGACAAAGAGUGCGAAGCCCGACCAUUGAAGGACGUUCCGAAGCCAAGAAAGGCGUCACUUCCUCCUCCUCUCGUUGUUCCGAAAAGUGUCGGAUCAUCCGGAUUUGUUCUGGCAUCGUCUGGCGGCAGGGCGUUCCAGCCCUCUCCAAUUGAUUACUCGUCAUCACUUUCUCCACAGGUCUCUCCAACGCUACGUCGUAGCGUUGCUCUUCCAUGCGCGUCCAGGCUACCCUCGAUGAGACCGUUAACCCGAAGUACGUCGGUCAGUCCCGUCCGAACGGUGCUCUCUAGCAAGACCCCGUUGACGCCUAGCAAGUCUCUAUCGAGCCCCCUCUCCUCACAUCACUCUAGUUGUUUUAAAUUAAACAACAACAGUGCUGCCAACGGCAACAGCACCCAACAGCAUCAACAUCAAGCUCAGUCCCAAAGUGGGACGUUGACGACGUACGGUCGAAGGGCGACCUUAACCUCCGCAGCGUCUCCUUCGUCGUCACACGCUCUUAGCGCCUUACCCCGGCGAAUUCCUUCUUCCUCCUUAAAACGGCCCCAACCUACAUCCACUCCUAAACAGUCCAAGACAUCCUCCGGUUCAAAUAGUACCGCUACUAGCAGCCAUAGCCAGUACAACAACAUCAGCGCAAGCCACAACCAUAGUUCAUCAACGCAUGUGCUCACGAGCACCGCGAGUUCUUCGACUAACAAUUCUGCCCAUGCCCACAAGGCGUCGACAACUUUUCGCCCGAGUCUGUUGUCCCCGACUGUAUCCAGUGCUCUCAAAUCUUGUGCCGUCCCGCUGCGCGCGGUCAACUCGUUAAGUCGAGCCGAUUGUGAGAUUCAUGGGUGCCACCAGCAACAGCCAUACCAGCACCAUCGACGAUCGCUUAUCUUGUCCCCGUCCAGCACUCAGAAUCACCAUCAUCACUUACAGGAGAACAAGGGGACUCCGAUAAACAAACGGAGCUCAUUGCCUGAGCGGUCGAUGAAGAAGCCCGUUAAAGGCGGUUCGACACCCUCAGCGUCAUUGACACCUACGACGGGCUCGUCGACCGUGGUAAGGCGAUCGAGCGCGAUUCUCGACCGAACCAAGACGGCAGCUGCGCGAAAAAGUAUGGAGCUCGAAGGAUUGCGAAGGAAGACAUUUAAUGACGAUGUGCUCGUUUGCCAAUUGUGGCAAAGCAGCUAAAAGACGCUGGAAGUGCUGGCCUUAGCGGAGACAGCACAGUGCUGCAAGUAGUAAGACCCUUUGUGUAACUUCUUGGUACCGAAGACAACAAGUAGUAGACAAUGAAAUUAAAUUCUUGAAACAAAUAAAAAUAAGACAAUAACAUGUAAACGAUAUAACGAAAUGCAUAUGGCAUUUUGAGAAGUCGCCAGUGGCGUGCACCUGUGCAGUUGUCUAGCAGAGCGGAUGCCGUAUGCGAUCAUUUCCGGUGGUUAAAAAUCUGGUCGUCGAUGUGCAACUAUAAAUAACACAAUUGACGUUCAUUGUUUAGAUGAGGUUAGGGCAAACUCGGACGUAGGCACUGUGCCACAAUUGCACGCGAUGUUUGUGGGAUGAGAUCGAUGAUUGAUUGAUUGUGAUUGGCUAAACGUGACAUGUAUAUGAAAUGAGAGGUUGGUAACUAUUCAUAGUAAUGCAUCACGCUUCGCUUUUUCUGUACAGAUCCUUAGACAAAGCUUGUGAAUAGAUGAUACAUAUAGAAACUCUACGCAAAACUUCCGAGCGUGGGAGCACGCUUUCCCGUACCUGGGGUGACAUACGCACCGACCGACGAGCUAGCCAAUCGAAUCGAGUCGUAAAUUAAAAGUGUAGUAAGUAUUUUUUUAUUAAUAUUAUCAUAUUGCCAUUACAUGUACUACGCCUAUUCUACUGCCAAAUCUACGAGAUGCAUAAGACCAUUAUGAGUAGCUAUGAUGACGGUAUUAUAGCACUUGGUUGGUAGGCGUUAAUUGCAUAGCUGUGGAGUAGGUCUCCUACUGCACGCCAAGGAGUCAUUAUUUCCUUACCACGCAGGUACCAUUGUGGUAUCAUCAAAUUAGAAAAGUGCUGAAAGCUUGCCAAAUACGCAGUGAACAGGGUGUCUAAGCAGAACUCUGUGCUGUUCUAGCCAGUACAGAGAGCGGCGUUUGUGCGAGACCCGUAUGAACUUACAGACCGAUAAAUUUGUAUGGUUGUAUAAACACACAUGCAUAAAACUACGUAAAAGACAUCAAACGACGAUCAUUCUUAGCAUUAUCAUCAUGAUGAUACACCAGCAACAACAGAACAGUAGAUAAAGAUCAAUAUCAUGAUUUAAACAUUACACACAUGAACGACGUCAUCUUCUGCCAGUCAAGCCGGACUGGCAACAGCUCCACCACCACAAUAAAACGCGAUCCGCUUUCAAGCCGUGGUAACAUUUAUUACAUAACCUUACCCCAACAUACAUACACACAAAAGUAGCCAAUAAUAACAAUAGAGUAAUCGAGGGCGAGUGAUCUAUUUAUUUUUUUGUCUAAUCGAUUUUGCUGCUGUAGCAAUUCAUUGGUGCUGUCAUGGUUGUUUUUGUUACUACUGCUGCUGCUGCCGUCGCCGCAGCAGCUGCAAAACUCCUAUCUCAGCAUCUGCCAACAGCGAGACCAACGAUAACAGUCAUGGCGUCCCGUAAAAAAUAUCACGUGGAAUACAUUGGCGUUGGUAUUGAUAUUUAACAAGGGACAGCACAAUGCAUAUAACCGCUCAUAACUGCGGAACCUUUUUUCGGACAACUCAGAAUGCGAAAUUAUGCGAUUGGUAUCAUCGUUCUGAUAUUUCACUUUAUUCCUAUUAGACAGUGUUUACGCGCGCCGUCCGAGCUGGCAACCAACCGGGGCCAACCAGUCGGGGGGCAAAGGCUGAAGGGUAAAUGGGUUCAAGCUGUGGCUGAUCGUCUGCAGGACGGUAUAGAAACAAAGGAAGAAACGUGCAUAUACACGCAACCAUGUAUGGUUACACAUUAAAGCGGUAAGUAGGAAGUACCAGCGGAUAUGGUUAAAUAAGUGGUUAACAACGUACAGAUAAUUGGAGAAAAACGAGAUGGCAAAAGCGAUGGAAAUUUGCUUUGAGUGACUUCGAUAUGAAAGUUAAGAGUGGGGACAGAAUACAGGUUCGAUGGAACAUGCGACUGCGGCAUUGGCCAGGACAGAAUUGGUCCUAUUCUUUUGGAUGGGUUUGCUUAGCCUCUUUUUGCGUACGCAGUCCGCAUUUUCUGCGUACGAAAUCUAGCGCAUUUCUGAGAUGGGCGUUGCCAUUACGGGAACCAGGCGCUGAAGCAGACGCUUUAGCAACCUUGAAGUGAGAGGGAGUCUACUCAGCGAGAGAUAUCAAGCAACCAAGAGAAAGAGAUGAACGGCACAACUGUAUGAUAAAAGACACAACAUAAAUACAUACACAUUAUUAUUUAAGACUUCAAUAUUUGGUACAUAUAAGCAGCGCCGGUGAUACUGGUAAAAUCGAAUGGAGUCCCAGACCGCGACUCGUUUUUCCCCCAUCUUCACAUAUUUUGUUAUCGUAUUUUCUUCAAUAAAAUUAUACUGUUUACGCC